UUGGCUAUUCUCAGUCGGUGAAAUGACUCGUAGGGGAGUGUUCCUGAUACUAUUAUUGAGCAUUACUAACAGACAGCAAGUGAAAUGUCUUGUGGAAGAAAAUGUCGUACAGAACGUAACCACGAAAGUGCAGAUCGAGGGUUGUAAUGAGUGUGCAGAUUACAGAUGCCCCGACGACCCUAGUAAAUGCCUUCUUGGUUCUGUUCCUGAUUCUUGUGAAUGUUGUGCUGCUGGUAUAUGCGCCAGGCUCGAUGGGGAUAGCUGCUGGAAUGCCAGUAUUCCCGAAUUGCUUCCCAAGAGUCGUAACGAAGGAUUCUGUGCGAGAAAUUAUCUCUGCCAAUUACGUUCUGAUCUUCACGAAGAGGAUGAAGCAGAAGCAGUUUGCGUCUGCAUGGAGCAGAGUCCGGCCUGCGGGAGUAACAAUGAGACUUAUCCAACUCCCUGCGCCCUUCACGAACAUGCUAUGAGGCUCAAGAAUUCAUCCCUCAAGCUUCAGCAUUUGGGACCAUGUCCAACUCGGCCUUGGAUACUAACUGGACCCAGAGACGUUGUCUCGACUACCGGACAAAGAGUGGCGUUAAACUGUGAAGUCAAAGGAUUCCCCGUACCAGACAUUUCUUGGGAAUUUGAUUCAACCCUCGGGGACAUGGUAUUAAAAUUACCAAGUAAGGAACACGAAGGCGUUGUGAGCACAAACGAUGGUCCGGAACCCUUGAUGAAAACAUCCUGGAUGCAGUUGGUUCGUAUGGAAAAGCGUCUCGUCGGGACGUAUCGUUGCAUUGCCAAUAAUACUAUGGGGGAAGCUAGUGCAGCUGCAUUCGUCUCCAUGUUGUGAAUUAGACUAAAGACGUUGAAAGGUUGCGCGAAAUG